CUUCCAGUCAUCAACUACACACCAAUCAUCGAAGACCAUCAUCAACAGCCUCUCAGUCAAGUCAAAGAUAUCUUUCACUUCUAUACCCGGAAUUCCCCCAGUCUCAUUACCAAAAUGUUCAAGUUUCUCCAGCCCAAGGUGCUUGACGCCAUCACGCUUUUCCACAAGGCGAGCAAUCCUGCAUCCAUCAGGAUUGCCACUCUCCUCAAGCAAGCCGCAGGCUCCGGUGCUACUGUUUCCGACAAUGCGCCCGCCAAGAAGGCCGACUUUGAGCUCAACAUCACCGAGGAGGCACCCACCACUGAACAGCUCAGAACCAUCUUGGACUAUGUGGGCAAGACGGGCAUUCCAUCCAUCAUCAGCAAUGCCCAGAAUGAGACAGAAGCCCUGAAGAAGUUCAAGGAGAACGCCGAUAACCUCAAGAGGCCUAUUGUGGUUGACUGGAACAACGGCAAGGUCUUCACUGGCGACAACGAGUCUGCCAUCCUCAAGUUGUUGGAGGAUCUCCCCAAGAAGAACUAAUGCUGAUGCGCAUUGUCCCGUUUUUCUGUUCUCCUUUUUCCGAUUCUGUUCUUGUCCAGAAGAUACUCCUCUCCUCCCCGUCUGUUCUGUAAAUAUGUAAUCGGCAUUGUUGUUCGUGCUCCUCUCACCGAAGCACCUUUACUUUAUAAACACCAAGUG